CAGUGUUAAUAUCUUCCACGUGGCGACUUGGUCUUCAUCCAUUCUUUCUGUCUAACGACGAACUAGCUUCAUGUCUCUUCAUCCAAGUCUGUGUCGACAAUGAACCACGAUAUAGUCUCCGAUGAGACUACAUUCUCUACCAUCUUUCCGCUCCCUUAUCGUGUUCUUGCCUUGGCUAGUUUGGGCGUUCUCGCUUGGGCAACCAAUCUUCAUGGACUCGAACUGCUGGGUAUUGAUGCAGCAAAUGCACUAGACUUGGACACUCCUCGCAGCAGAGCAACCCACAGUAGUCUUCGCUCUGCGUCGCCUCUUCCCACAAUCUCGCACCGUGGUUGGAAGCAUGCAUCACACUCCGAUCCCCAACAUACUCCGGUGUACAAGCUGUUCUUGCAGUACUCCGUCAUUGUCUUGGUUUCCUGGUCACUAUACCGGAGUACCACUCGUGGGGACCUAGUACUAGUUGACGUCUUCAAAUACAUCCCGGCAGUAACUGUACUGGUUGUCCUAAUCCUGCUCAUUUGUCCCUUCAACGUCUUCCAAAAGCACGAGCGUGAUCGGUUCUUCGCUGCAAUACACAGGUGUUUGUUCAGCUCGAAGAAACAACGCAUAUACUUCUCAGAUGUGGUCUUUGCGGAUAUCUUCACCUCGUUUGCAAAAGUCUUCGGAGAUGUUUGGCUGUCACUGUAUAUGCUCCUUCCAGGAGGAAGCCUUCUCUCGCAACCAUCACAGGAUGGUUGGGCGCGAUGGAUAUUACCAACUCUCAUGAGCUUGCCUUAUGCCGUCCGCUUCCGGCAAUGUAUCAUUGAAUAUGUGUCAAGCACAAAUGAAAGCCGAAGACCCCUCUAUAAUGCUCUCAAAUAUGCCAGCUCGUUUCCUGUCAUUUUUCUUUCUGCUGCUCAGCGCACAGUAGUGACUGAUGUAUUGAAAGGCCACAUGGCUGAGCACGGGGUACGGUACGGGGACUAUCAGUUAUACCGCUUGUGGUUAUUUGCUGCGGCAGUGAACUCAGCAUACUCGUUUUGGUGGGAUGUAAGUCACGAUUGGGGACUAGGACUUCUUCGUCCUGGUGUGGUUCCUGCUCGUCCCAGAUAUGGCUCCCGCUCGCCUCCCAAACAACUAGUCUUACCUCGCUUGCACUCUCGUUUGGAGUCGCUUCCCAAUCGUCCAGUUUCUGCGGAUGGUCUUCACGAUGACGAAGCUCUCGAUGAAGACUCUGUGAUAGUCGCCACAAAGUACGAAAGUACACUUUACCCAUGGGGUCUUCGACCGACCCUCCUAUUCCCACUCGCCAUAUACCCAUUCGCGGUCUUGGCAGACCUAGUGUUACGUCUGACAUGGUCCGUGAAGCUGUCCAGCCACUUGCAUUCCUAUUCCGAGGGCGAUCUAAUAAUAUUCUGGAUCGAAUUGGCCGAGAUCUUGAGAAGGUGGAUAUGGGUCUUCCUUCGCGUAGAAUGGGAAGUUAUCAAAGAAUCUCAUUCGGGCUCCCGGAUACACGGUGGCCCUGAUUCGCACUUGACACAUCGGAGACGGUCGCUAUCGAGCCAUACCCCGGAAGACAGUUACGAAUUGUUGCCAUCUGAACGUAGUGAGAACGUGUUGGAGACGGGCCAGGGGUGACAUGUUUGAGACAGGAGAGUCUCAUGAGCAAUGUGGGAUUCAGCCAAUGGCUUUGUAUGCUUACGACUGCAUCUAGACUAUUCUAAUAAUACAAUGAAUGACCGGAUCGCAUGCUUCGUUCUAUUUCAACGUGGAAGAUGGUUUUGCUUCUU